AUGUCAACCAAUCAUAAUAAGUUAGUAAUUUUAUCAGGUAAUGCACAUCCAACACUUGCUAAUGAUAUUGCAUCAGAGUUGAAUAUCAAAGUUGGUAAUGUUUUGGUAUCAAAGUUUGCCAAUUCAGAGACACAAGUUCUUAUCAAUGAAUCCGUUAGAGAUCCAACUUGUAAUCCAUGUGUUAAUGACUAUUUGAUGGAGUUGUUGGUAAUGGUAGAUGGUGCAAAACGAGCUUCUGCACAUAGAAUUACUGCAGUCGUUCCAUUCUUUGGCUAUGCUAGACAGUCGAAAAAAGAUAAAUCUAGAGCACCAAUCACUUGUAAACUAGUUGCCAAUAUGAUGGAGGUUUCUGGUAUAGAUAGAGUCAUUACUAUUGAUCUACAUUCGAGUCAAAUUCAAGGAUUCUUUAAUAUACCAGUUGAAAAUGUUUACUCUGAUCAUUUAUUUACUAAAUACAUCAAGAAAAGGAUCAUACCGACUCAUUCUGACUAUAUUAUUGUUGCACCGGGUGUGGGUGGUGUAAAGAGAGCAAAGAAGAUUGCAGAUGAACUGAAAGCAGAUUUAGCGAUCAUACACAAAGCCAAUAUUGCAUCGUCAGACUCUGAAACUAUGUUGGUUGGUGAUGUCAAAGAUAAAGUAGCAAUCAUUAUAGAUGAUAUUGCUGAUACUUGCUCAACACUCAACUCUGCAACGGUUACUCUAAUGAGAAGAGGAGCAACAAAGAUAUUUGCAUGCGUAACUCAUGGUGUUUUCUCAAAUAAUGCUAUAGAUAUAAUAAAUGAAGGUUCUCUAUCUCAAUUGGUUAUCACAGAUUCUGUUCCAAAUUCUCAUAACCUAGCUAAAUGUCCAAAACUAAAGAUUGUGUCAAUAUCAUCUGUAUUGGCUGAAACUAUUAGAAGAGUUCACAACGGUGAAAGUAUAGAGAUGGAAGUAGAUACAAAAGUGACUGAAAAUAGUGAGGUAGUACCAAAUAAAGAAGAUACAGCUGCAACAACAACAGCAGUAGCACACGGUAGAAAUCGUAUAAAGGAAGGUGAUAAUGUAGUUUUAAAUAUAAAUAAUGGAGAGCAAUAUAAAAAUGUUAGACUUGUCGCUGCAAAUGUAAAUGGUUCUUCUAAUCAAUUGAACAAAGUCAAUCCAAAAGAAAUGGAUGAACAACUCUUGAGAAUUACAGAGAUUUCCAAUAAUCAAGAAGCAAACAACAGUACACUUACACCAUACAAUACUUCACAGAAGCUGACAGGUGACGAUAUCAAAGGAUUGAAAGAGAAAGGUAGCGAUUAUAAAGAUGUAAUUACUGCUUUGAUUGAUAAUAGUUCGUCAUUCCACACCAAAACAGCAUACAGUCAAGUAAAGUAUCUCAAGAAAAAGAUGGCAAAGCAUUCUACACUUAUUCGUAUUUUGAAACCAUCACUUAAAACACUUUGUGAAUCAUACUAUGCAAAAGAUGCAAAGAAAAUUUGUCACCUUAGAUUCGAUACUUUUGGUCGUCUUUUGACACAUGCUAAUGUUAGAGCAGGUAUUAGAGUGUUGGUUGUUGAAUCGGCAAUGGGUAUUGUUACAGGUGCGAUCGCUGAGAGAAUGGGUGGUGACGGUGAGGUUUUGAGUGCAUUCAUUGGCAAGGGUCCAUCGUUAUCGAUCGCUCAAAACUUUGGAUUCGAAGAAAAGGUAGAGAAAACCAUUUACUCAUUCUCGAUCGAGUUGAUCAACAAACUGAAUGCAGAGGCACUCGGUGAUAAUACAGUUACGAUGUCACUACCAAACUCGACUGCUGGCGGUGUUUACAAUCAGAAUAGAAUCGACGAUACCACCCCGCUUCUAAAGGAUGGUGUCAACAGUUUGGUGAUAGUAACACAAUAUCAUCCACUCAAUAUUCUCAAGGCGUGUCUUCCAUACUUGAAUCCAUCGGGUAACAUUGUAAUCUUCUCGCAGUUCCAGCAACACCUAGUCGAGUGCUUCCAAUUCCUCCACGAAAAUAUGCUCGCUGUCAACAUCUCUGUUGCCGAGAUUUGGAUGCGUGAACAACAGGUGCUACCUAAACGUACACAUCCAAAUAUGAAUAUGGAUGGAUCAUCUGGUUUCCUUUUAUCUGCAAUCAAAGUAAAGGGUAAUGAUACUAAAGCAACAACUUUGACAACCACAACCUCAACAUCAACAUCGACCAUAACAAUGUCUUCUAACAACAAAGAUAUUAAAAUGACAAUUAAACAAGAUGAAAUUGAACAACCAGAAGAAGAAGAAGAAGAAGAAGAGGUUUUAAAGAAAAGAAAAAGAGAAGAUGAUAAUACAACAGCAACAACAACAACUACCACCACCACCACCGAAUCAAAUAAUUAA